AUGCAGAAACUCCUCGCACGGAUUGCUCCGCAAGCAAUUAUCGUGUUCACUCUUACCGCCUUCAUGAUUAUUGGAGCAGUAGUGUUUCGAAAGAUUGACCCAGUUCUUGCUGAACAAUCAUUCUACGAAGUUAUCUUCUUCGAGUUCAUCACCAUUUCCACGAUUGGAUACGGUAACCAGUAUCCACAAACCACAAAAUCGAGAAUUUUCUCCAUUUUCUUCUCUAUUAUCGGAAUCCCACUUCUUGUUGUAACUCUUGGAAAUUUCGGAAAAUACUUAACCAAAUUCUAUUGGAAAGCAAAAGGAUGUUUAAGCUCGCAAAAGACAGACAGUGAGCUGGUCAACGAUAAAGAUAUGCCUGGUUUCGUUAUUGCAUUACUGUACUUCUUGACAUUUGCAAUCGGAUUUCUCUUUAUCCCACAUUCAGGAGAAGCCUAUUCCAUUGAUGAUUGUUAUUUUAGCUUCAUCAGUUUCGCUGCCGUCGGUUUUGGAGACAAAGUUCCAGAAAUUGACACAUUUGAGAGAUUCAGUAAAGUUACAACGUAUCUUUUGUGGGGAACAAUUCUGAAUAUCAUUCUGAUCAGCUACAUGAACAGUUGGUUCAAUACGGCUACAUCUCAAAUGAAUUCCAGAAAAAAUUUCAGAUCUUCGCUCGCCAGCCAUAUCGUGGACGUGAUUGAUUCUAGUUUUAUAAUUGUGCCUUUUUCACCCCACCCUGUGCAUUUGUUCACUUGCAACCUUUUUUCGUUUUUCAAAAAUUGUAUUUCUGAUUCACCAAAAUUUCACUGGUUCCCCAUUUUCUUUUUUUUCCCGAAAUUGCAAAUCCACGCCGACCCAAAGCACGUGCCAAAAUGGGAUUGCUCGGUGGAAAUUUCCUGUUCUGGCAUACACGUAAAUCCCGGUCAAAUACAAACGAUUUAUCAUCAUCUCACUUCUUCGUCGUUCGCAUCAGAAUUCAAUUCCAUAUCCAGAGUUCAACUGAUCAUUUCUCAUCCAACGAUGACGAGUCAAGAAACACGAGGAACAUGGUCUUCUCGAGAGCCAUCUUCUCAACCAAUGCAAUCCGUUGGCUCAAUGUACACUCGUCACUCGGCAAUGUCCACUUCUAGACAUCCUGGCACCCAACCGAAAACUUCGUAUAUGCCACCCAGAAGCACUCCACAUCCAUCGUCUUCUCUUCGCAAAAGACCUGAUGGGGUAGUUGAAGACUUAGAAUGGUCAGAAUUUUUAUUUUUCCAAUUCAGGCUAAACGUUACGUCAUCGAAGACUUCCGUCAAGCAUUCGAACGAAAAGUUCGCCGUCAAGGCAAUCGAUGUUCUGGAGUUGACUUCUGAUGUGAAGAAUAAGUUUUUGCCUCGUGAGAUCAGUUGCUGGCGUAAGCUCAAAAAUCCGUAUUUGGUCAGUCUUCAUGCUCAAUACGAGGCUCAGAAUAUGAUUUUCUUGACUAUGGAAUACGGUAGUCAGGGAGACUUGCUUCGCUAUGUCCAGGAUAAUGGAGGGAUUGAUGAACGCAGGGCUGGUCAAUUCAUGUCUCAACUAAUGCGUGGAUUACAGUACAUGCAUUCUAAACAAAUUGCUCACCGUGAUAUUAAACUCGAGAACAUCAUUCUCUUCGACAACUGCGUCAAACUCUCCGAUUUCGGAUUCGUUCGUCAGGUCGACAAUCAGACGUUGUCACUGACAUUCUGUGGAUCCAAAUCCUACUCGGCACCUGAAUUGCUUCGUGGCAUUGGCUACAAUCCAUUCUUGUCGGAUGUCUGGUCCCUUGGUGUUGUUGGAUUCGUGAUGGUCACCAACCGUAUGCCGUUUGAUGAGAAGAAACCGAACAACGUUAUUGUCGAACUACAAAGAAAUCGUCAAUACGUGAUACCAGACUCUAAAAAUUCCAAAAACAAAACCCGGAAUCCGGAAUGUAAAUCUCGCAGAAUCCGGAAUAGGGAAUCCAGACAAAAAUAUAUUUCACUGAUUCCGAAAUAA